ACUUAUUUGAUGAAACUAAAAUAUUUGUGUCUUUUGCAUAACAUAUUUCACCGAAAUGAUGUGCUCUUGUUGAUUAUGGAGCUGUGCCACUCCACCAGAGCUUUUCUGAAUGAAAACAUGGCUGUUUUAAAACUGAAUUGUGUCAUUUCUGUGCCACUAGAGUGUCACCAAAUGGAAUUAUAAGAAUAAUCAUGGUUUUCAUAAACAUGUUUCCUGAUCACAUCCCCUGCCUUCCAUUGGUAUACAAAAAGAUAGUCUUGCCCUAAAUUCACAUGAUUGGUUGAGCCAGUGUUCCUGGGUCAGCAUGCUCAAAACAAAGCAAUGUAUUGAUAGCCACAGAGCCACAGUGUUUACACUUUAAGGGGCAAUCAACCUACCAAUGACUAGCAUAAAGGCUAGUUAUCUGUACAUAUUAAGCUGGGAAAGGAGAGAGAAUUGUUAUAUAAUUUUUUACACAUUUCAGCUUUAAAGUACCAUUGCUGCAAUGUGGGGUGAGGGGAGAACAUUUUGAACCACCCACACUCUCACCCUCUGUCUGCUUAGACAUGCUAAAAUUAGGUCACCACCAUCCUACUGGGACACAACAGCACCCCUCCCAGAACUGUUAUGAAUCGGAAGAGAUGCAGAAAGAUGCUGUGGCUACACAAUGCAGCCUCCUCUUUGAUUUUACAUUAGUACCAGUAUUUGGCACUGUCUGGAGAAUUGAUCUGUUUAUUAACCUGCCUCAUGUUUUAUGUCUUGCCAUUCCAAAGGGAAAUUUAGUGCUGUUAGCACUCUUACAACAAAUAUGUCUAAUCCCCGCUGACCAAAUCUGCUUUGUUUUCAUUGCUACGAAUAAGCUAUCUACAGUGGUGGACGUCAUACCUGCCAACCUGAAAAUACAAGCUAUUGUGAUUGCAUUAUUAUCCAAUUUGGAACUUGGUUGAGGCAAACCAAAAUGUGAAAUUACUCAUAAGUGUGACACCGGUGCAAAAAACAGCUUCACAUUAUGUAACAUGAGUUUAAAGCUCAAAGUAAAACUAGUAUAAUAAAAUGGAUAGUUGCAACUAUAAAUAAAGACUGGGUGAGCCACAUUCUACGGUGGCUGUGAAGUGCAAAACAAUAAAUCUAAAAACACAACGGCAAAUCCAAAGACAAAAUAACAAUUCAGAAGCACAUCAACAAAUCAUUAAACGCAACGGCAAAUCAGAAAACACAACACCAAAUCUAGAAACAAAACAAGUUAGAAAACACAAAAGCAAUUCAGUUGAAACGGAAAGGGUAUGUACCAUAGCUUCUCACCUGAUUGGCUGUGGGGAGAAUACCUAGUCAUUUCCUCAGGACUGGUUCUCUGCCCACUUGUGUGAUUAUUUCAAAAUUCAUUCCAAAUGCUCAAUUACUGAAAAUUGUGUGUGGUUUGUCGCUCAGUAAAACACAGGGGCGGAUUUAGGCAUGGGCGACAUGGGCAGUUGCCCAGGGCGGCAUCUUGUGGAACAACAAUCUUGUUGUUGAUGGGAGGCCCAACAACAAGAUUGCCUGAGUAAGAACACUCAGAAGACCGGGGGGGGGGAUACCAAGCGUUGGUACCCAAGCGUUCAUUCAAUUGACUUAUUGUAACAUAAAAAUCACUUAUUAAAAAAGCAUUUUCACAUUCUAAACGUUGCGGUAGACUGCUGGCGUGAUGGAUCACUUUAUACAUUUGAAGCCAGCAUGUCCAAUUAUGAGUACAGUGUUCAAUUAUUUUAGAAAAACAAUUGCUGAAAUUUAACCAAAAUAUUAUUUUCAUAUUGUAAAGGUUGUAGAAGGUUGCUAUUAGAAAUGCUGAUUUACUCUGGUGAGAUUUUCACAGGAUGUGGAAUGAUACAUAUACUGUAUUUAAUUGUUUUUAUUAUUAGUUUUAUUUAAAAAAAAAAAAAAAAUGUUAGUCAUUCACACCAUUGGCAGCCUGCUACAACCUUUGUAAUGUACAAAUUACAUCUUGAUGAAUUUUAGUGUUUUUUGUUUUUUAUUUCUAAAAUAAUUGAAUACUGUAUCCAUAUAAUUAGAUAUACUUGGAAAAUCUUAUCAAUUGGCAGCAACUGGAACCUUUAUAUUUUUUUUUAAACAAAAGUGUUUUUUAAGUUAGAACAUGCAAAUUGAAUGAAUGCUUGGAUGCAGUAACAUUUUAGCACAGUUUGUGGACUUUAAGACGGUCCCUUACACAGUAGAUGAACCAUGAGACCAUAGAUGAACAUCCUACCUAAAACUAACUUUUCCUGCUUGCUGUUAUUACUCUCUGUGCUAUAAAGUUUCCUGUUACUGUUUUCCAGAGAGAGAAAACACUCCAAAUUAUUUAGUUUUUCAGUAAGUGAACUUUUGGCAUGGAUUUUGAUAUUAUCAGUGAAACAAUCCUGAAGAAAGGACUAGGUCUCUUUCACACAUCCAAUCAGGUGAGAAGCUAUGGUACCUACCCUUUCCAUUUCGACUGAAUUGCUGUUGUGUUUUUUGUCUUACCAUUGUGUUUUCACUUCACGGCCACCAUAACAUACAAAGCUGUUGUAAACUAGCCAGUAUACAUACAGCACUGACCACACAUCAGUUGAAGUUAAGGGAAUGUUUCGGGUUCAAUACAAGUUAAGCUUAAUCAACAAUAUUUUGGGAUAAAUUUGAUCACCACAAAAAAUAAUUUUGACUUGUCCCUCCUUUUCUUAAAAAAAGCUAAAAUCUGGGUUCCAGUGAGGCACUAGGAGUGAAUGGGGCCAAUCGGAAACAUUAAAAUACUCACUCUUUCAAAAGUAUAGACACGAUAUAAACAGUGUGCAUGUUAACAUGAUUUUAGUGCAAUAAAAUCGCUUUUUGAUCUUUUCUGUGACAAUGUCAACAAACCCUAAAAUGACUGAAAAAAAUUACAAUGUAAAAAAAUUUACAGCUCAAAUAGUACAUGAGUUUUAACAGAAGAAUUAAUGUAACUUCUUUUAUAAAAUUAUAAGCUUCACAUUUCUGCCUUUAAACUCUCCAGAAAUGGGCCCCAUUCACUUUUAUUGUAAAUGCCUUACUGUAAACUCAAUUUGUGCUUUUUAUUUUUUAAAGAAAAGCACAGACGAGUCUAAAUAAUUUUUUGUGGUAAUCAACAUUAUGCCAGAAAUACUGUCGAUUGAGCUUAACUUGUAUUGAAACCGGAGUAUUGCUUUAAUAUUAAUGCAAUUUAAUUUUAAUAUUAAUAUACAUUUUUGCUAGGCAAAUGUAGACAAAGUAAACUCUUCCGCUUAAAGAGUUCAUGUAAUGAGGAAUCAAAAUUUCCUUGAUAUUUUGUCUUAUAAGAGGUCAUUAUACUACAAAAACAUACUGUAAGUUUCAAAACUCAAAACUUCCUCUCCAGUUCAAAUAGAGCAUUUAUUGUUUCUACUCUGAAAAACGACUCGUUUUGAAAUAGGCUACAUUGUAACGUCACAGUGCAGUGUUAUUUGCAUAGCCCUGCCUCCACAACAUACCAAAUCGUCGUGUUUGAAUUGAUAGAGCUGCAGAGGUACUUUAACUCUGAAGGUGAUACUAUUGUUACUGUAGUUUGCUUUUAACAAACAGAAAUAUUAUUCAUAUGUAAGGUCCCCAGACAUUGUUUUGUUUGGUUGUGGAAAAACUGCAUCACUGCAUAGCCUUCUGAAGGAUACUAAUGUUAUGAAAGAGUGACGUUCCUGAAGGUGUCAGUGUGGGAUUAUAUGUUUUGUUUGGCACAAGGAUUCUUUUGAGAACUGUUAUGAUUCAGACUUUGCAAAGAAAUUUAUAUUGAAAAAUGGAGCAUGACAACUAUAUUGGACAUGACAGUAAUGCCGGGGAUGGUUCAUUUUGCUUUGUAAGGAAAAUCAUCUUGUCAACCUGACACAUGAGGAUGACCCCUUGUAGAGGAAUCAUGAGGGCGGCGCUUUAGUGAGAUAUUAAAGGGUUCUGGUAAUGUGCCAUGGGGUACGACGUCACCAGGUUCCAAGGAGAGGUGGACGAGGAUCUGUUGUGCCCUAUCUGCAGCGGGGUGUUGGAGGAGCCAGUGCAGGCCCCGCACUGUGAGCAUGCCUUCUGCAAUGCCUGCAUCACACAGUGGUUUGCACAGCAGCAGAUCUGCCCUGUGGACCGCACUGUGGUGACUCUUGCCCAUCUGCGACCUGUUCCCCGCAUCAUGCGUAACAUGCUUUCUAAGCUACAGAUCUCCUGUGACAACUCCGGCUUUGGCUGCACCGCCACCCUGCGUCUUGACCAGCUACAGUCACACCUCAAGGACUGUCAGCACAACCCCAAACGACCCGUCACGUGUGAGGAAGGCUGCGGGCUAGAAAUGCCUAAGGAUGAGAUGCCCAACCACAACUGUAUCAAACACCUACGCAGUGUAGUGCAACAACAGCAGACCAAGAUUGCAGAUCUGGAGAAGACUGCUGCUGAGCACAAGCACCAACUUGCAGAGCAGAAACGUGAUAUUCAGCUCCUGAAAGCUUACAUGCGAGCAAUUCGCAGUGCUAACCCUAACCUACAGAACCUGGAGGAGAGCAUAGAAUACAAUGAAAUUCUGGAGUGGGUUAACUCUCUCCAACCUGCUCGUGUGACCCGUUGGGGAGGAAUGAUCUCCACACCCGAUGCUGUCCUCCAGGCCGUCAUCAAACGCUCACUCAUAGACAGUGGAUGUCCAUUGUCGAUUGUUAAUGACCUAAUUGAGAAUGCCCACGAGCGCAACUGGCCCCAAGGCUUGGCCACACUGGAGACACGGCAGAUGAACCGGCGAUAUUAUGAAAACUAUGUGGCCAAACGCAUUCCAGGAAAGCAGGCGGUGGUUGUAAUGGCCUGCGAGAACCAACACAUGGGUGAAGAUAUGAUUCUGGAGCCAGGCUUGGUUAUGAUCUUCGCUCAUGGGGUUGAGGAAAUCUUAUAGUCUGCAUUUAGAAGGGUAAUAGGGUGCCAGAUUUAAAAGGGGUUCACAGAGACUGAAUUGAUUUUCCCCUAUAAAAAACAAAAAACAAAUUUCAUCACACUGAAUUUCAAUAUCAGAACUUCAGUCAAUGGCAGUCUUUACCUCAAAUUUUAAGGAUGGACACAGGCAGAGAGUUGACCUCUGUGAAGUCUCCGCUCUUUUGAACGAUCUGACGAAGAGUACCUCCAGCAUUCCCUUUCUCUUUGCCUUAAAAGGACUUUUUCAAUAAAUGGACCCUAAACAACCCAACUUGAAACAUUAUCAGGGAUGAUGGUACACAUAUGUUUUAGCAUUAAUAUGGACCGAAGGAUUUGAAGUGAUGUCUAAUUUCCCCUUUAACAUUUAUUCCCCUCUGUCAGUGUAUUGAGAGUAAAGACAUGUCGCUUAUGGUGUUCAGCAGUGUAAAAGAUCACUUAAGAUUCUUGUAAAUACAGAUGAUAAAGAAAUCUAGACAAAUAUAUUCUAUCUGUUCUUGUUAUAAUAGAGUAGUGGACACUUUUGCUGUCUUCAUCUCAGUUUGCAAUUUAGAGUAGUGUGUUUAAGCUACCAUGGAUAUCAAUGUUUUUUAUCUUUUCUUUUUUCUGCUUUUUUUUUUAAAGAGAGCUAUGAUUAAAAUAUGCUAGAUAAAGAUCUCUCUGCUCAGUGUCUGCGCUGAGUGGCGAUUAGGAAAACAAGAUGUCGGCCCGAAUCUAGUUUUGUGAAGAGGUUUGUCCUUUAGAGGCAAUACAAAGAGUAAAGGAGAAGACACACAUGGUGGAAAUCAGCGAUCAAUUUGAUACAUUUUCCUCUCACUGUAGUGAUUUAUUUGAUUUUAUUUUUUUACCAGAAUUGCCUGAAUACUAAAUCAGUUUUUGCAAAUAAGGCACCACCUUUCCAUUUACCACUCUGGUGCUUUUUGUUUUUAUUUUUUUAUUUUUUUUGCAGAUCAUACAAAUUUGAAUUUCUACUGUGAUCACUGGGUAUAUCUCAGCUCAGCGUAAGACAGGAGAGAACAAUAAAAUGUAUUUGAGUUGAUUGUCAUAUGGUCUCUUCCAACCCAUAAAUGGAUGAAAAGUUUAUGAAUAGAUUAUUAAGUAUGGAAAUGUUCAUGAAGGUUCAAAAUUUCAAAUGACCAACCUAAAGCUAAUGUAAAAAACAAUUGAUGUCUAUAGCUUGAUGAUCUGCAACUUAUCUGGACCUGUUUACUGUGGUUCACAUCUGAACUGUUUUCUAAUCCAUCAGUUUGCCACUACACCUCUUGACUUUAAAGAAUAAACGAGAUGGGAUAGUUGUAUUUUUGUUUAUAUUGUGCAAUUGACUGGAUAAGUGGUUUGAGAAUUAAUUUAGCGUAUUUUUUUGUCAGAGUACCUUUGUUGUACAAAGUUGAUUUAAAUGUUGGGUGAGUUUAAUUGAUGUUGUAUGACAGUUUUUCUGCAACCAAAGUGUUCUGUUGUGUUGUAUGCACAUUGUGCUAUCAUUCUUGCUGCUUUUUCUUUUUUCUUUUUUUUUUUGCUGCACGAACAUACCGAAAAUGUAAGUUCUUCGAUUCUGAAAUGUAUCAUUUGAGCAAUUGUAUGUCAUCUGCUCCAGUGUUACAUAGACCUGAAUGCUCAGUGCAUUGUUUACAGUAGCUUUUUGCAAAUGUUGUUUAAUAUGAGCAGAAAACUAUUAAGGACCCAGAAUGUUUGUAUUCUGCAAUAUUCAACCAGGCCUAUGUAAAUUAAGGGGAGAAGUGUCUGUGAACUUUGCCUUAUAACACUUAAUUUGACAUUUUGGUGCAUAAUCGCUUUAUAAUCUCACAAGGCAUCUCUGUGCAUCAUCAUACAAUUACACCCUCAAGUAGAAGCAAUUAGACACAAUCCAAUGUAGAAAUUACUCUAUAUCAGUUUGCUCACCUUUCACAUAUUAACUUCUGCUGGUGGUGAAAAGAAGAGGACAUUGUUCACUGAUGUUACCUGAAUUCAAAGCCACUUACUACUUAUAAAAUAAAGAUUCACACCUAUUUGCAUUCAGCUGAUGCAUCAUCUCUUAUUGGACGCGCAAGGCUUCUAGACGCUCAGGAUUUUAUCAUCUGAUGUCAGGGACAUUCAAAGAGCUCAUUUUUCUUGCUGCGGCAUUGUCCAUGGAUGUGGCAUUCUUCUGUUUGUUUGUUUUUUGUCUUUAUCCUUGCUUUUGUGCUGUGGGUUACUGACAGAAUAUGAAUAAAUAUUAUUGAUUUUGCAAUAUGA